CUCUCCAGCGCUCAAAGUUAGUGGAUUAGCAGUGGGAGGAUGACUGCGUGAUACAACAUCAGCACCUCGUUUGGAUUAAGAUCCAGCGUUUGCGCCAAUUGGCACUUGAAAUCAGCGGUGUGAAGGACAGCGGUGUCAAAAUUGCACUCCAGAAGCGGCAUCGGGUGAAGACGUGCCCUGCACAUCACUUCAGAGACUUUGCUAUCUCUUUGCCCCUUUUCUUCUAAGAUGCCAAGACUUCCAUCAGCAGCGGCAUCAUCAUCACCACCACCACCACCCUCAGUCUACAUCCAGGCGGGCUGCUCGUUUGGAAGGACGCCCGACCGCAGCCGUUCUCAUCUGCAAGUUCAAUCCGAUCAAUUGUGACAAAGGCUGUCAGCGUCGGAAUAAGAAAUCGAUACUCGAGACGUUCUUCUGGAAUUUUAACGAUCCGUUUUCCUCAAGUGAAGCGCGCGUGGAGUGCGCGGGCUCCUCGCACUUUCAGAUGUUUGCGGUGUUGAUGGUGACAGAUUAUUGUUGUUGAGUGUCCAUGCGAGACUUGGGGUGGAAACAUGUCUGGCCACUUCUCUGAGAGGGUCGCUGCUAUCAGAGAUGGCAUUUUGGUCCAGCACUUCGGUUUUUACUUCUAAAGUGCCCCGGAAGAUCUUAUUCAUGUUCACCCUCUCCCUUUCUGUCACCUAUCUGUUCUAUAGCUUGAUGAGCUGUUACAACUCCUUCCAGUUCCAGGAGAACUACGUUUACCAGGGGAGACUCGUGACAGAGGAAACAACUUUUGUUACGCUGAGGGAAAAACUUUACUCCACCUCUUCCCCGGUCUACCUCGACGAGGAGUUCAUCGAGAGGACGGCGACAGAGCAAACUAUCGCCGUCUCGACCGUUAGAAAUAGCGUGGGGAUCGACGAGAGGACGGCGGGAUGGGUGCGAGCUCAGGCGGCUACGACGCGUGCCGCCGCCGCCGCCGCCGCUGCUGGAGAGCACGAACACCCGGAAUUCAGCACCACGGACAGCGAGCUUCGGAGAGUGGUGAACUGCACCUCGGAUUACGGGGUUAAGAAAUUGCCCCAAGCCAUUAUAAUCGGAGUGAAGAAAGGGGGGACAAGGGCUCUGCUGGAAGCUUUGCGGGUUCAUCCCGACGUUCGAGCCGUUGGGAAUGAGCCGCACUUCUUUGACAGGAACUACGAGAAGGGACUGGAUUGGUACAGGGAGCUGAUGCCGUCGACUCUGGAGGGACAGAUCACGAUGGAGAAGACGCCCAGCUAUUUUGUGACAAACAGCGCCCCGAAGCGAAUCCACUCGAUGGCGAGAGACAUUAAGCUCAUUAUAGUCGUCCGCAAUCCGGUGACCAGAGCCAUUUCGGACUAUACCCAGACGCUGUCCAAGAGGCCUGAGAUUCCCACUUUCGAAGUGCUGGCCUUCAAGAACCGAACGCUGGGGCUGAUCGAUGCAUCGUGGAGCGCCCUGCGAAUAGGGAUCUACGCGCUUCACCUAGAGAGCUGGAUGCAGUACUUCCCGCUUUCGCAGAUGCACUUUGUCAGCGGAGAGCGGCUUAUCGUUGAUCCGGCCGGCGAGAUGGCAAAGGUGCAGGAUUUCCUGGGACUCAAGCGCAUUGUUACUGACAAACAUUUCUAUUUUAAUAAAACCAAGGGAUUCCCUUGCUUGAAGAAGCCAGAGGACAGCAGUACCCCACGGUGCCUUGGCAAGUCCAAGGGCAGAACUCACCCCAAAAUAGACCCCGAUGUUAUCCGCAGACUGCACAAAUUCUACAAGCCCUUUAACAUGAUGUUCUACCAAAUGACAGGGCAAAACUUUCAGUGGGAACUGGAGGAGGAUGGCAACUCGCCUGGCUCUCGGGACUAAACCGCCGCUGCUCUCCGCACCACCAGCCUUCUCAUAUCCGAAAGCCCCCUCGUCGUUCCCUCGAUCUGUGCUUCGACAUGCCAAUCGAUCUUUGCUGUCUUUGCGAAAGUGUGUGUACCCAUAGCGAGAGUGCUAAUCUGCUCUGCACUGUAAAAAAACAAAAAAACACAAUUUGUUGAGUCAACUUAAAAUAAUUUGUUACCCUGCAACCAUAAAAUUUUUAAUCAACUCAAAUAAGUUUAGUCAACUUGAAAUGUUAAGUUGUACUAAGUGACAACUUAGAUAUUUGAGUUGAGUCAACAAAAAAAUUGGUUUGUUAAACUUAAAAGCUGGGCUUGUUACCCAGCUGCCUUAAAAUUUAAGUUGAAUGAACUCAAAUAUCCAAGUUGUCACUUUUUUUAACAUUUUAAGUUGACUGAACUUUUUUUGAGUUGACUGAACUUAACAUUUUAAGGCAGCCGGGUAACAAAUUAUUUUAAGUUGACUCAACAAAUUGUUUUUUACAGUGUGUCAACCCCCCAAUACCAAUGGUGUUUAUGAUGGCAAACGUUAUUGUACAUAUUCUCCCGAACAUAAAUAUAUUUAUAUUUGUCAAGAGAAGAGGAUUUUAUUCAUUUUCUUCAGAAAGAGUUGCUAUACGAAUCAUGUCUUCUAUGAUGAUGAUGCAUGCGAUGAGUUAAGUGUCCUUACCCACCGUCACCCUGAGGGUUUUAUUUUUUAAUCUCUCUCGAUCUCGAUUUUUCGCACACCAGCAGAGAGUGCAGUACAAUUGAGUUUAAUAACUGAGGUUAUUUGUGCAUUCUGAACACUAGAAACAACUACAAUCAAAUGCAGAUCUUAUCGAUACAGUAAUCCUCCAAAAUGAGAAAGUUUCAGCUGUUUCUGCCCAAUUUUAUGCAUACUGCAGGUUUGUUUUGUGGCUAAUAAAAAUUCAGAUAGUCGGGUCCAAAAGCUUAUGCUUCUUUAUACAUUUUUUAAAUUAUGUCAUAUAUUUAAUAUUAUAGUAUGCAAUAUAUUAUCAGAAUGACGGUUGUACUGCAUAUAUUUAGAAUUUUUCACAUCUUAAAAUAUUUAUUUCCAGGCAAAUGGCUUUUGGACCUUACAACUUUAAUAAAUUAGCUUGAAUUAAUGCUCUACAAGCAGUUUUUUUUUAAAUUCUUCAAUUUGAUUAAGUGUUCACUUACGCUGCCUUUCAAAAGUUUGGGGUUGAUACGAUUUUUAAAAUGUUUUCAAAAGAAGUCUUAUUCUCACAGAGGCUGCAUUUAUUUGUCAAAACAAUAAUAGUGUGAAAUAUUAUUUCUGCUCAAGAAACAUUUCUUUUUAUUAUCAAUGUUAAAAUUUGAGCUGUUUGAAAAGUUUAUACACUACCAGUCAAAAGUUUUUGAACAGUAAAAUGUUUAAUGUUUUUUAAAGAAGUCUCUUCUGCUCACCAAGCCUGCAUUUAUUUGAUACAAAAUACAGCACAGACAGUAAAAUAUCCAAAUAUUUUUACUAUUUAAAAUAACUGUUUUCUAUUUAAAUAUAUUUUUAAAUGUAAUUUAUUCCUGUGAUUUCAAGAUGAAUUUUUAACAUCAUUACUCCAGUCACUUGAUCCUUCAGAAAUCAUUCUAAUAUUCUGAACUGCUGCUCAAAAAAAAAAAAAAAAUUUUAUUAUUUUAUUAUUAUUAUUAUUAUUAUCAUUAUUAUCUUUUCUAAUAUUAUAUAUGUCUUUAUCAUCACUGUUGAUCAAUUUAAAGCGUAUAUAUA